UGCCAGCUCCUGUGUGAUCUGGGAUUCUAGUUCAUUCGUGGUUGGCGGCUCGCAGAAACGAAACAUAAAAUUUGGGGAAUUUUUCACUACACUUAUUAGCUCAGUUAAUUCUAUAAGAAUUUUUUUUACGGAUAAAAAUGUUUAGUGAAUCUGUGUCGCAGCUUCGAUCCAUCCAUAGAAUAUGUAUUGAAGCUAUUGGGGUCAAUGCUAGCUUAGCAUGCUAGCUCGUUGGGCUAGGUUUCACUGCUGUUGGUUAUGGCUGAACCAUUCUUUCGGCUCUCAGUCUCACAGUAAGCAGUUAGCUAUAGAAGCUAUGCUCGUCAUUUGAAAGCAAUGUUUGCGCUUUAGAGUUGCUUAAAUUUGGUUUAACUGAAUGCUGCUGCCUGACUAGUUUGGCUAGCGCUAGCUCAUUUUAAGGCGCUAACAUGAAGUUGUAGCUCGCCAACCGCUUCUGCCUCGCAGACUAAGUAACGGGCAUUGUGUGGUAUGUAGCCUUGGCGUGCUAGCCAUCACGCUGCAAAGUUGUGACUACUUGUAGCACUCCGUGUAAUGAUAACACAGGCUGUUUUAGACGUCGCCGUAAAUUGCGCUAAAAUUAGUAUCCCACUGUAUGGUCAAACUCUUUAGUUCGUGCGCCCAUACGGACGAAGGGGGGCCUCUGUGAGUUGCUGUCGUUGGUUUUGUAUCCCGGUUUGAUAGCACAUUUUAAUCAUGUAAUAGCAGCUGGGGUAGGACGUCAGUAAUGUGGCAUUACUGAACCAGUCGGCCAUUUGACGUUCACGGAUCGGUGACGGACUGGCCCCUUCCAGGAACAUGAACAACUCCGGAGUCAUGCCCCAAGAAAAGAUGGAGCUGGAUCUGGAGAUCCCAUCCUCCUUAGUGCAGGUCGACGGACAUCUGAGAAGAUCCAACAGCGCUCCCAUGAUCAAUGGCUUGAGCGAUAACUCCCAGGUAUUCCACAGAGAGGUUCUGCGCAGUCGCAGAAACAGCACCACAGUUGUCAACAGGCCCAACAUGGUCCCAUCGUCACCCAUCCGUGUCCCCAGCACCAGACUCCACCAAAUAAAACAAGAAGAGGGAGUGGACGUUAUGAACAGGGAGACUGCUCAUGAACGGGAAGUUCAAGCUGCCAUGCAAAUGAGCCACUCCUGGGAGGAAAGUCUUAGUCUGAGUGACAAUGAUUUGGAGAAAGUGGCUUCUUCAUCGCCAAAGCGAGUUGACUUUGUGCCUGUGUCGCCGGCCCCGUCCCCAACCAGAGGGAUAGGAAAGAAGCAGUGUUUCUCUCCUUCGCUCCAAAUCCUGGUGAGCUGCAAUGGUUUGACGCCCAGCCCGAUACCCAGCCCCACGCGCAGGUUCAGCAGGCGAAGUCAGAGUCCAAUCAACUGCAUCCGAGCCAGCAUUCUGGGCCCAAUGAAGCGUAAAGGUGAGAUGGAGACGGAGAGUCAACCGAAGAGACUCUUCCAGGGCACCACCACCAUGCUGUCCUCAGACGCCUCCAAUCUGUCUGACCUCAGCUCCUGUCAUUCUCCAGACCUGCUGGACGGCAGUCUGAGCAGCAUCGGCUCCUCCACCGACUCCCCGGGGAAGAUGGAGGGCGUGUCCCCGUCCUCCUCCAGCAACUCCCCCUUCGCCUCGCUGCAGGAUCUGUCCCCGAAGUGAGGGCACCAAGAAGACGUGAAGGACAAACGGGGCCCCUCCCUCCACGCCGAGAGGGAUCUAGCCCCCGCCGUUAACCGCAUCCGUUCAUUUCUGUGAGUUCACCCCGUUUUCCCCUCACGGCUGCUUUUCAUGAAGGCGGAGCUCGUCUGAGGUUCGGAGACGCCACCCGGUGUGGGGUGGGGUGGGGGGGUCUGUGGAAUGACUGAAGACACUGUGAGCACCGGCUGCUAGUUGGGGGUGUUGGAUGGUGCUUUGCUUCAUGCUUCUGGCUUUCCUGCACACCAGUGAGCACACAGAGCACUGGAGAAGACAUUUUGGAUGUGUACAUUUUCCUGUUAUGUGCUGGAAAAGCUUCUUUCUGUCAGAAAAAAAAAUUUAACUUAUUUUGGUUGUUCUUUUUUUUUUUUUGCUUUCUUUGUAAUGAUGUACAUAUAUUUAGUUUUGCAUCGAAACUAUUUGUGGGCUACAUCUAUUGAGCGUUCCUGUCGUACUUUAAAAAGUGUGGAGAAAGUUUCCAGAAUGUUUUUUAUCAGCUGUGAAUGUGUGUUGUGCUUUUUUGUUUAUUGUUGUUGUUUUUUUUUAAAUUUCCCAUGAUGCCCGACUCCCGUAACGAUCUGCUGCAGAUGUACAGAAUGAUUCCACCUCUAGGUAACCCCCCACCCUCCAGAUGAAAUGUGGACAUUCCAGCUUCGACACUAUAGCUUUCCUGUUUUGUUUUUUUCCCAGAAUUCCUCUGGUGUGGACGAUGAAUUAGUUCCUUCUGGCAAAGUGUUCUUAUUUAUAAAGAAAGUAAACUUGGGUGGUGAUGGAUUUCUAUCUCCUGUGAACAGUUUAUCCAUGAUGAUCAAACUGCUGUGACGAAAAAAUAAAAUAUAAAUAUAUAUAUAUAUAUAGAGAGAGAGAGAGAGAGAAUGGGUUUGGGGGUGGGGGUGCCAUUGCAUUGUGGGUAAAAUACUGCUGGUGUGGUUUUGAUUUAAAAAAACAAAAACAACAAAAACCCCAACUUGCUGCACAGGACGCUGCGAGUGUUUCAGUUGGCGUCUUAAAGCCAAAUCAUCCAAACUGUUUGAUGGUGGGGGGGUUCGAGCUUUCGAGCUCGCACUGUGACAUUUGCACCGUCUUCAGUCGUCAUGGCAACCUGGUCUCGUACCCCUGACCUGUGUUAACUUUACCAACCCUUUUUUAACGGCUCCGUAGCCGUCAAUGUUUGUCUGUUGAUAUGAAAAGAGGAAGUGAAUGUAAAUCGUUGUAUGAAAGUGGGAGCUUUUAUUUAAAAAAAAAAAAAGUAUGUUUGCUUGUUUGUUUUGUUCUUUUUUUAACUUGCUGUCUGCUUUAUUUUGACACAGGAAGUGGCACAUGGUCUGUUUUUUUUUGUCCCAGUCUUCCCCGUGUUCAGGGCAGCAUUUUAGCGGUCCGUGUGGUUCUGUGCCGCAUGUCCGACUUACGCUUUGCCUCCGCUUGGUUUCUGCGCCGUCUCCAUGGCGAACAUCAGGAGUUAAUAAAUUAUUUCUUUGUUCUGACCCAGAGGCCACGUGUGGCUCCGAUACCCCUUCAUCACGGCUCUCUGCUCGAAGACAUGAAAAACGUUACUUUUUCAAAUGAGAGACAGUUUUAUUUUUUGACUGAAAGGUGAAUAAAGUGAAACAUAACCGACAAG